AUGUCUGCCCCACCCCUUCCCGCUUCUCUCCAGAAGAGCCUCGACGCAACCAAGGUUGACUAUGUCAACAUGGGCACUUCUGGUCUCCGGGUUUCAGUUCCAAUUCUCGGUGGCAUGUCACUGGGCUCUAAAGACUGGGCCCCUUGGGUGCUUGGGGAAGAGGAAUCGUUCGAGAUCCUCAAAGCCGCCUAUGAUCGCGGCAUCAACACCUGGGACACGGCGAACAUGUAUUCCAACGGCAUUAGCGAGCAGGUCAUCGGCAAGGCGAUCAAGAAGUUCAACAUUCCCCGCGAGAAGAUUGUUCUCAUGACCAAGUCCGCCAUGUACGUUGGCGAGGAAGUCAACAUGCAUACUCCUGCCUUCACAAAAGAGCUGGGUCAAAGCAAAGACUAUGUCAACCAGGGAGGUCUCUCACGUGUCGCCAUUUUCAAAGCUGUCAACGACGCUCUCGCCCGCCUGGGAACUACUUACAUCGAUCUCUUCCAGAUCCACAGAGUCGACCCCACCACUCCCAUCGAGGAGACAAUGAAGGCCCUCCACGAUCUCGUCCAGGCUGGCAAGAUCCUUUACAUUGGCGCAAGUUCUAUGUGGGCGACCCAGUUUGCGCAGAUGCAAUUUGUCGCCGAGAAGAACGGCUGGACCAAGUUUGUCAGCAUGCAGAACUUCUACAACCUCUGCUACCGCGAGGAGGAACGCGAGAUGAACCGUUUCUGCAACGACACCGGAGUUGGUAUUAUGCCGUGGUCGCCUCUCUUCGGCGGCAAAUUGGCGAGGGCAUUGGGAUAUGACAAGUCUGAGCGCUCACAGGUUAAAGGUCCCAUGAACCCUGGGCUGACGGAGGCGGAUGAGGAGAUUAUUCGCAGGGUUGAGGAGAUUGCGGGCAAGAAGGGAUGGAGCAUGAGCCAUGUAGCCCUUUCUUGGAUUCGUUCCAAGGGUGGAAUUCCUGUUACGGGCUUCAACUCCAUCGAAAGGAUUGAGGAGGCUUGCGAGCUGAGGGGCAAGACGCUGACUGCGGAUGAGAUCAAGUACCUUGAGGAGCCGUAUGUCCCCAAGAACAUUAUGGGUCACUUUUAG